CUCCCUCUCCAGUCUCCAGAAUACCAAAACAUGGCGGCGUUUUUUAAGAUCAAAGCUAAUAAAUUAAAAACUUAAAAAUUCCUCAAUUUAGAACAGUAAACUCUGUUUGCGCGUGUAUUUAAGAAGAAUUUGUUAACCUUACCAUGGCCACCUUAGAAGAUAAAAUUCUAGGUGAAAAGUCCCACAAUUAUUGCAGCAGCAGUGAGGAAAGCGAUGGUGAGGAUGAGGCCACUUCCGAAACCGAAAAGGUAACAAAACCUCAAGUGGAGAACACACCACAGGAAGUGUUAAAAUGGGAAGGCGUGUCACAAAAUACCGGUCCAAAAGGUGUUAUAAAGGAUUGGCAAGGUUUCAGACAAUUGGAAAAAGAGAAACGAGAAAUUGAGGAACGUAACUGUAUCGAGUUGGCGAAAAAAUUAACUCUUACAGUUCAGACGGCGCUUGAUGAGGAAAAAGAGUGGGCCGAGCUGGAAGCGGAACUGUUAGACGAUCAGUUUCUACUAGAAUAUCAAAGAAAACGGAUGGAGGAGAUGGUAACUAAAUUUGAGUCUCAAGCUCACUUUGGAAAACUUAUUUAUUUAAAAGACGGCAAAGAGUUUUUAAGUUGUAUCGAUGAAGAGGAUCAACGGGUUACCAUCAUUAUUCAUAUUUACGAAAAUGAAAUUGAAGCUUGCAGGGUAAUGAACGAUCGUUUGACUGAGUUAUGCAAAAUUUACACGAACACAAAAUUUUGUGCAAUUAAGGGAUCUCAGGCGGGCGUCAGUUCGCAGUUUAAAAAGAUCGGUGUACCUGCGUUGCUUGUUUAUAAACAAGGUUCUUUAAUUGCUAAUUUUGUUAAACUUACCGAUAAGUUAGGAGAUCAUUUUUACGUGGAAGAUGUUAUCCAACUGUUGGUUACACAUGGAAUAUUAGUAGACAAAAGUCUGUGCCCACCUAUUAUUGCAAAUUCGUACGAUAGUGAUAGCUCCUAAAUUACUGUUAAGAUUUUUAUGUAACUUAAUAACUACUUAUUAACACUGCCAUUUGUACAUUCAAUUUUUAAAGCUUCUAAUAUAUUUGUAUGUUUGAUUCAUGUAUAAAGUAUUAAAGGUUUACAGCUAUUUUUGAUUUUUUGUGGUAUGUUUAAUGACAAACCAUAAUGGGGUGCACUGUCUGCCCUUUUGGUUGAAAUUGUAGUGACCACUCUUUUUUCCUGAUUACAUUAAUUUAUCAGAAUCUAUUUUAUUGUUGCGGCGCCACACUCGUAUAGUAAACCGUAAUAUUGUUAAAGAUUACCUGUGCAACUAAAGCUUUUGUGUUACUGAUUAGUUUCAACCGACUAACUCAUAUUUCAAAUCAAAUGAAGCAUCUAAAUUCA